AUGACUACGCCCACAAAAUCCCUAGAAGCAUCCACGCUCUCGCUUCUAACACUAAUAUCACACAGCCGCAGCCUCCUCUCCAGCGGCGGCAUAGCCCCAGCCUCCAAGCCCUCCACCGACAACCCACUCGACAUCCUCCACGACAUCGGCGCCCUCACGCGCGCCCACACCACCAAGCUCUCCAUCGCGAUUCGGCCACCUAACAUCAUCUACGAUGCCGCUGCGCGCUGCGUCCAGGACAUCAUGCAGUUCGUUGUGCCCCCGCUGCUGGCCACAGUGGAGCUAAUGUCGCCCAAGCAGCACGGAAGCACUCUGUAUGCUGCUGUGCUCAGGGCCGCUGACAACACCCUGGCGGCGCUGGAGGAGUUUGCGAAAGAGAUCCCCGAGAUCUGCCGAGUGGGCAAGAGCGCGGGGGCGAGAGAUCGGCUAGCGAGCACGGGUGUGGUGUGGCAGGCUGCAGAUGGGCUGGUCGCGCUGAGGGCGAAGGGGCUUGCCGGGGUGGUCCAGGAUGUAGUUGAGUCGCAUAUGGCGAUGCUGAAAGAUGCUAUGGCGGAACUCAAGGAGUGGCUUGAGAGUAACGACGAGGACGAAGAUGAUGAGGCGGAGGGUGAAGCCGAGGACGAGGAUGCGUUCUGGGAUGCGCCAAAGAAGGCCCUCUCGAAGGACGACACUGAGGCUAGGGAGAAAGUGGACGCAUCGUUAAAGAAGAUGAAGUUGGCCACUAUUCUCCUCGGCGCGGUGGUAAAGCGAAGAUUGGCAGGCGAGGGAAAGCUACAGGAUGCCCAGCGAUUGGAUAAGAUCGCGGAAUUGGCAAAGAGUGUGGCAAACUCGGGAGACGAUAUCGGCAUGGGAUACUAUGAGGACGAUGCAGAUGAGGCUGCUGAGGCGCAAAAAGAGUUCGAGAAGAAAGCCAUUGAGUUGGCAGAGCUGGCAACCCUUGCGAACGAUGGUAAUGAUGACUCGUUCAGCAAGUGGUUCCGGAAUUGCAAAGAUGCAAUUUCAAAGAACGGCUGA